CAUUCCAGUAACUUAAUUUCAUCUUUUUUCAUUCAUUUUGUUUUGCUGUAAAUAAAUUUGUAGAUUUGGUGUGCUAUAGUAAACAAAGUGAUAAGAGCCGACUAUUUGAGAAUGUUGCGCUCCUAUGCGCAAAAUAAUUUGAACUUUACAAGGAUGUGUUUCCUCGUAAAUUGUCUAAAAAGAUUUAAGAGCUCCCAGGAGUGGCUAACUCGUCAAAAAGCUGAUCCUUACGUGGAAAAGGCCAAGUUCUACAACUACAGGUGUCGCAGCGCAUUUAAACUGAUAGAAAUAAACGAAAAGACAAAAUUACUGCAGCCCGGACAGACGGUGGUGGACCUGGGCGCGGCGCCGGGCUCCUGGACGCAGGUGGCGGUGGCGGAGACCAACGCGGCGGGCGCCGACCCCGCGCGGCCCCGCGGCGCCGUGCUCGCCGUCGACAAGCUGCAGAUCUUCCCCAUCGAGGGUGCAAGUAUAAUGAGCAACAUAGACCUCUCGACGGCGGAGGCGGCGGACCGCGUGGCGGCGGCGCUGGGCGGGCGCGGCGUGGACGUGGUGCUGUCGGACAUGGCGCCCAGCGCCACCGGCGUGCGCGAGCUGGACAAGGACCGCAUCAUCGGCCUGUGCUACAUGGCACUCCGCUUCGCCGCCCUCGUUAGUAAAGUCAAUGGAUCUUUUCUCUUUAAAGUGUGGGAUGGAAAAGAAGUUCCGAUGCUACAGAUGGAUUUAGAGAGAUUUUAUGAACGCACAAAGGUUCUGAAACCUCAAGCUAGCAGAUCAGAAUCAUCUGAGAAAUUCAUUUUAGCAAGAGGAUUCAAGGGCAUCCAGCGACCACUGCAAAAUGGAAGAUGGGGAUAACUUGAAACUAGUAUAAAUUGUUAGUUCUCUAUUUCGAAUAAGUAGUUGUACAUAAUAGGUAAAUGUUUGUUACAAAUAUUAUGUCUUCCAUGUACCUAAUCAUGAUAAUUAAUACUGUAGCACAAGUUCAUAAUUAUUAUUAUGACUAAAGUGCUUAGUUUGAUCUAGUCUAGCUCAAUAAGUACACUAUAAAAAGAGAAAAAAUACUUAAUUCUUAUUUUCUCAAAAUAAAUAUGAUUAAAAAGUCGC